GCUGCAGCAGAGAAGGUAGCCAAGCAGUUGCAACACCAGCUGAACGAGGUGCAGGGAAAACUGGAUGAAACCAAUCGCACUCUCAAUGACUUCGAUUCUGCCAAGAAGAAGCUGUCCAUCGAGAACUCUGACCUGCUGAGGCAGUUGGAGGAGGCUGAAUCCCAGGUGUCGCAACUCAGCAAGCUCAAGAUCUCGCUCACCACCCAGCUCGAAGACACCAAGCGACUGGCCGACGAAGAAUCUAGGGAGCGUGCAACUCUCCUGGGCAAGUUCCGUAACCUGGAACACGACCUCGACAAUCUGAGAGAGCAGGUGGAGGAGGAAGCCGAGGGCAAGGCUGACAUCCAGCGUCAGCUCUCCAAGGCCAACGCCGAAGCCCAGCUGUGGAGGUCCAAGUACGAGUCCGAAGGUGUUGCUCGCGCUGAAGAACUAGAGGAAGCCAAGCGUAAGCUGCAAGCCAGGCUUGCCGAGGCCGAGGAGACCAUCGAAUCUCUAAACCAGAAAGUCGUUGCCCUCGAAAAGACCAAACAGAGGUUAGCUACUGAGGUCGAGGAUCUGCAGCUGGAAGUUGAUCGUGCAACUGCUAUUGCAAAUGCUGCAGAGAAGAAGCAGAAGGCAUUUGACAAAAUCAUCGGUGAAUGGAAGCUUAAAGUUGAUGACUUGGCUGCUGAGCUUGAUGCUAGCCAGAAGGAGUGCCGCAACUAUUCCACUGAACUGUUCCGUCUCAAGGGUGCCUACGAGGAGGGACAGGAACAACUGGAGGCUGUCCGCCGUGAAAACAAGAACUUGGCCGAUGAGGUCAAGGAUCUGUUGGAUCAGAUUGGCGAGGGUGGCCGCAACAUCCAUGAGAUUGAGAAGGCCAGGAAGCGCCUGGAGGUUGAGAAGGAUGAACUGCAGGCUGCUCUGGAAGAAGCUGAGGCUGCCCUGGAGCAGGAAGAGAACAAGGUGUUACGCAGCCAGCUUGAACUGUCUCAGGUGCGCCAGGAGAUUGAUCGCCGCAUCCAGGAGAAGGAAGAGGAAUUUGAGAACACUAGAAAGAACCACCAGCGUGCCCUGGAUUCCAUGCAAGCCAGCUUGGAAGCUGAGGCCAAGGGAAAGGCUGAGGCACUCAGGCUGAAGAAGAAGUUGGAGGCUGACAUCAAUGAGCUUGAGAUUGCUUUGGACCAUGCUAACAAGGCCAAUGCUGAGUCGCAGAAGAACAUCAAGCGCUACCAGCAACAGCUCAAGGAUGUGCAGACCGCCCUAGAGGAGGAACAGCGUGCACGUGAUGAUGCCCGUGAGCUCCUUGGAAUCUCAGAACGCCGUGCCAAUGCCCUCCAGAAUGAACUAGAGGAGUCUCGCACACUGUUGGAGCAGGCUGACCGUGGCCGGCGACAGGCUGAACAGGAAUUGAGCGAUGCCCAUGAGCAGCUGAACGAGCUCUCUGCGCAGAACACAUCCAUCUCAGCUGCCAAGAGGAAACUUGAAUCUGAAUUGCAGACCCUGCAUUCUGAUCUGGAUGAGCUAUUGAAUGAAGCUAAGAAUUCUGAGGAGAAGGCAAAGAAGGCAAUGGUCGAUGCAGCACGAUUGGCUGAUGAACUUCGAGCAGAACAGGACCACGCACAGACACAAGAAAAGUUGCGCAAGGCACUUGAAACACAGAUCAAAGAGCUCCAGGUGCGUCUAGACGAGGCUGAGAGCAAUGCACUCAAGGGAGGCAAGAAGGCAAUCCAGAAACUGGAGCAACGUGUCCGUGAGCUGGAGAAUGAGCUGGAUGGUGAGCAGCGACGACAUGCUGAUGCACAGAAGAACCUGCGCAAAUCAGAGAGGCGCAUCAAGGAACUGAGCUUCCAGGGAGAGGAAGACCGUAAGAACCACGAGCGUAUGCAAGACUUGGUUGACAAAUUGCAGCAGAAGAUCAAGACAUACAAGAGGCAAAUUGAGGAGGCUGAGGAGAUUGCAGCCCUCAAUCUGGCCAAGUUCCGCAAGGCACAGCAGGAGCUGGAAGAGGCUGAGGAACGUGCUGACCUGGCCGAGCAGGCUAUUUCAAAGUUCCGUGCGAAGGGACGAUCAGGAUCUACGGCACGUGGACUAAGCCCAGUGCCUCAGGCAAAGUCCCGCAGGGUUCCAGUGGAGUAAACCACAUUACUUCUCUUCAUCACAAACCGGCGCCCAGGCCGCAAUUUGAUGGCAGCGCCUUCCCGCCACGAUUUGAUCUGCAUCCGGAAGGCGAUUUCUAAAUCAUAAUCAACAAUCCAUGAUUAUAAUAAAAUAAAAAUUGCAUAAAUGAGCCUAUUUUGCGGCGCCUCAACCGGCAUAACAGGAAAAGGAAACAAAAUAUAUUCAAAGGAAUAAAGCUUAAAUAUUGUUAUUACAGCACAAUUAUUUUGUAAUUAAUUUUAUCGUCGGUGAAUGUAUUUAUUAAAUAAUAAUAUUCCAAGUACUGCCCUUGGUGACAGUGGUGCGCAUGAGAGUGAGCCAGAGGGUUGUGAAUGCCAUUCUGAGACACGUAUUUGAUCAAAAACACAGCCCUAAGCAUUAUUCUUCGUUCGGUCACAAGUCUCUGGCUCAGCCAGAAGGGAGAGUGGAUGCGAUGCGAUCGUGGCUCACAUUGUAUGCACGACUUCUUUAAAUGCACCAAUAAAGAAGUUCAUAUCAGCA